AUGUACGUGAGAUCAAUACAAAUAUACAAUAUAAUAUUCCAAUGCUUGGGAACCGACGGGGGUUGCAACGGGAACAAAGCAGGAAACCACGCAACCAAGAUAAGUAGGUACGAAGACCUGCCUACAAACUGUGAGUGCACCCUUCAGAAGGCCGUUGGUAAUCAGCCGCUCUUGGUCACCAUCGACGCCGGCGGCUUCGACUUCCCAUUCUAUUGGAGUGGAGUCUUGAGUGGAGAGUGUGGUGCCAAUGUAGAUCACGGUGGGAGGGACGACGAUAGGACUAACUAUUGGCUGGUGGGGCACAUCGUGGGAGGAACUGAAGAAGGGUACAUGACGAAGGAAAUGCCCUUGGGCUCGUAA